GUGCUUGAAUCGGUGGUGAGGUUACGCAUCUGUUACGAAAGUCACUGGCCCAGAUUUGAUGAAGGCCGAACGCCCGUGCGCCGAUGGACUUAGUGAAGCACAGCUGGGCAGGUCGUGGCUCCCUGGGGCUGCGCUUCACUUAAACUCAGCAUUCCUCUUGUCACUCGUCUAUCACCUGCGUCUUCCCUCCUCUAUCCUUCAACAUCGCCUCAAUCGCACGACGUGCCUGCCCUCGCCUGGCACGCCCAUCUCAACGACUACCACCCUUCCAUAGGGUCCGCUCUUUCGCAUCCGCUAGGUUUCCUCGAUCGGCGCCAGACUUCGCUGAGCACGCCCAUCCUGUUUUUUAUUAUCCACAAUCUCAGCGCGCGCCUUCCUUUCGCAUCAUGUCUUCUUCAGACGACGACACUCCCCUUGUGAGAGGAAAAGACCAAGUAGCCAAGUCGAACGCAGAGAUUACCAAAGAGGAAGAUAAGAAAAUGGACGCCGAAGUCCCUUCCAACGGUCACGUCGAGCCUGGCAUCUCAAUCCGCAUGGGGCCAGUUGCCGACGACGACAAGAUGGAUGUGGAUGCGCCUGAGACCAACGGAAAGCGCAAGUCGCGCAGCAGCGUCACGAACGGCAAAUCGUACAAAGACGCGAGUAGCUCAGAGGAUGACGAUAAGCCUUUGAGCAAGCGGCGACGGACCUCAGAGCAAGCGAAACCUCCCAAGGACGACUCCGACUCCGAACUCAGCGACGUGCCCUUGAAGGCUAGAGUUCUCCCCAAAGCAAGCGCCGAACAGAUCGGGGAGUCGGCGGACUCUGACGUGCCUCUUGCCAAGAAGCUCACAAAGAAGAAGGAGUCUAUUGAGAAGGCCGCUGCAAAAGAGGCCCAAGCUAUGCGCAAUAAGGAGAAGGCCACCCCAAAACGCAAGCAGAAAGUUGAGAGCGACAGUGACGAUGAUAUCCCUCUUGCAAAAAAGAAGGCGCCAGUGAAGAAGGCGAAUGGCGUGAAGAAAGAAGAGUCCGAUUCCGACGCACCGCUCGCGAAAAAGGCUGCUCCGAAGAAAGCCACCAAGGCAAAGCCUGCUGCCGCCACCGCAGCACCUGCAAAGAAGGGCAAGGGCAAAGUCAAGAAGGAAGAGACUGAGCAAGACGAAGAGGCUGAGGAAGAGGAGGAUGAGUACCGUUGGUGGGAAGACCCAGGCAAGAGUGACGGUACCAAGAAGUGGGAUACACUGGAACACGCCGGUGUUGUCUUUCCUCCUGAGUACGAGCCGCUCCCUAAGCACGUCAAAUUGGUGUACGACGGCGUACCUGUUACUCUGCACCCGGAGGCUGAGGAAGUGGCUACUUUUUACGGAAGUAUGCUAAACUCCGCUCACAACGUCGAGAACCCAACUUUCAACAAGAACUUCUUUGAGGACUUUAGUACCUACCUGGACAAGACUGGACACGGCAAGGACAAAGACGGAAACACAGUCAAGAUCAAGAAGUUCGAGAAGUGCGACUUCAAGCCCAUCUUUGAGUGGUUCGAUGCAGAACGCGCGAAGAAAAAGGCUCUCCCAGCGGCAGAGAAGAAGGCGCUCAAGGCCGAGAAGGAGGCCGCCGAGGCUAAGUAUAUGUACUGCAUGUGGGACGGGCGCAAGCAGAAGGUUGGCAAUUUCCGUGUUGAACCUCCUAGUCUUUUCCGUGGCCGUGGCGAGCAUCCCAAGACUGGACGCGUGAAGAAGCGCGUCAUGCCCGAGCAGAUCACCAUCAAUAUUGGUGAGAAGGCUAAGGUCCCUGAGCCGCCCGCAGGUCAUCGCUGGAAGGAGAUCAAGCACGAUCAUGAAGGCACAUGGCUCGCCAUGUGGCAAGAAAACAUCAACGGUGCCUACAAGUACGUCAUGCUUGCAGCCAACUCUGACAUCAAGGGUCAGAGUGACUUCAAGAAGUUUGAGAAGGCACGAGAACUCAAGAAGCACAUCGAUCGCAUUCGGAAGGACUACCGAAAAGAUCUCAAUUCGAAGAUGAUGGCUGACCGCCAGCGUGCUACUGCUAUUUACCUCAUCGAUCAAUUUGCACUCCGUGCUGGUAACGAGAAGGGAGAGGAUGAAGCCGACACGGUCGGUUGCUGCUCGCUGAAGUUCCAGCAUAUCACUUUGAAGCCCCCGGAGACUGUCAUAUUCGAUUUCUUGGGUAAAGACAGUAUUCGUUUCUACGACGAAGUCAAGGUCGACCCGCAAGUCUUCAAGAACCUCAAACUUUUCAAGAAGGAGCCCAAGACCACAGGAGACGACAUCUUCGACCGACUGACUACGUCGGGUCUCAACAAACAUCUUACGAGUUACAUGCCUGGUCUUACUGCAAAGGUUUUCCGUACCUACAACGCUUCCUACACAAUGGCUCGAUUACUCAAGGAGAUGAAGGCCACUGGUACGAUUCAAGAGAAGGUCAAGGCUUACAACGAUGCCAAUCGCGAAGUCGCCAUCCUAUGUAACCACAAGCGUACCGUCGCCGCAAGUCACGCCACCUCCAUUGAGAAAAUGAAUGAGAAGAUUAAUGGUCUUCGUUAUCAAGUUUGGAGAACCAAGAUGAUGAUGAUUGACGUGGACCCAAAAAUCAAAAAGAAGAAGGGCGCCGAGUACUUUGAACGGCCUGAAGAUCUUGACGAUGAAUGGGUCAAGCAGCACCAGGAGGCGGAGGUCGAAGAGAUGCGCCAGAAGAUCACCAAGAAGUUCGAAAAGGACAACGAGAAGCUCAAGGCUGACGGCGAGAAGGAGAUGAAACCCAAGGAGCUUGAGGAGCGCAUGGACAAGGUCAACGAGCUGGCCGCGAAAUACAAAAAGGAGAACAAGACCGGCAAGGUCGAGGCUGAGGGCAAGGGCCCGACAGUUGAGAAGCUUGAGGCCAACGUCGACAAGCUCAACCAGCGUAUCGAGAACAUGAAGAUACAGAUGGAAGACAAGGAGGGCAACAAGGAGGUUGCCCUUGGCACAUCCAAGAUCAACUACAUCGAUCCUCGUCUCACCGUAGUGUUCUCCAAGAAGUUCGACGUCCCCAUUGAGAAAUUUUUCUCCAAGACGCUUCGGGAGAAAUUCGACUGGGCCAUCAAGUCAGUUGAUGAGACCUGGGAGUUCUAGAGCAGAACAUGCAUGCAGUGCGGUUUUCUUCUGUCUUCGGACAUCUUCGUGGAUUUGCAUUGGGUGCGUACAGCAUCCCAGGGUGAGACUGAAUGGGCGGCAUUCGGCGAAAAAGCAUGAUGGUAUUUUGUACUACUCCUGUAUGCAAAUGGGUAGGUGGCACGAUUCGGCGACCAUGCGACAUGACUUUGCGAUCUUAUUAUGCUUAAGGAGUCAUUGCAUAGCGUCGAGAUAUUCAUAAUAGCUCUCUGAUCUAGUCCCUCAUCUACAACAAUAUAUCGAAUAGAGAUACUC